AUGGUGCCGGCUGCAUGCCCAGUGGAAGCGCUCUGCACAGCCCCUGCUGACGGCUCGCCCCCGACCUGCUCGUGCCCCGCGGGCUUUGCACCUCUCAAGGCAGCAGCAGAGGACACUGCGUUCGACUUCUGCGCUCGCACCCGCUGCAGCAGCUCGCUCGCAUUCAUUGGAUUCGACUGUGGGCCACCAAGCUCUGUGGUUUGA